GAUUGCUCAGAACGAUCUGUACCUCGGAUACAGGAACCGUGUGUUAUAGCUGGAGCCACAUCGUCUGUGUAGGUUGGUGGAGCGCACUGAGACGUUACAUAUGCAGGGCGUCGUCGUUUUUGUGUAGUUAACAUUCUUUGAGAUGGAUUUGUCUCCAAACUGUGACAGGCGAGCAGGACGCUACAAACCAUCCUCCCCACAGGACUCUUCUCUUUCUUCCUGCCAUACCCCAAAGAUAGGUGCUUCCACCCCACUUCCUCCAAUUAAUGAACGCCUGGCAUACCUGCGCCCAUCCCGAGAGUUAUUGGAAUAUUACCGUAAGAAGAUUGCCGAGUUUGAUGAAGAACAUGAAGAUCUGCUUAAAAGGCUGGAGCAGUACAAAUCUACAUAUGAAGAGCAGCACAAGUUGCAGUGGGAGAUGCGUCAGCGGGAAGAGGAAAUUGCAGAGCUGCAGAAGGCCCUAAGCGACAUGCAGGUUUACCUGUUUCAAGAACGAGAGCAUGUGCUACGCCUGUACUCUGAGAAUGAUAGGCUCAAAAUCAGGGAGCUGGAGGACAGGAAGAAGAUACAGCAACUUCUGGCUCUUGUUGGAACUAGCAAUGGAGAUAUAACCUAUUUUCAUAAGGAGCCCCCUAACAAGGUCACCAUACCACAGAGAACUAUCCAAUCAGGAGACCCAUAUGAAAGGCGAGAACAGCGACCUUCCAAGCCAGGCAGUAAGAGAACCACAAUUAAAUCCACUGAAAAGGAAGAUAAAACCAGGGUUCAAGAAAGAGAUACCCAAACUCUUGUGCUACAGGUGGAGGCUCUUCAGGCGCAGCUAGAGGAGCAGACACGACUGUCCAAGGAGCAAGUAGAAUCUUUGUUGGACGACCGGAGGAUACGAAUGGAAGAAUCUCAGGUGCAGCACCAAAGGGACCAAGAUAAGAUCAAAGCAAUAACAGAAAAGUUGCAUAAGACCCAGAAUCUGCUGUAUGAGAGCACCCGUGACUUCCUGCAGCUGAAAUACGAAGGCCGCAACAAUGAGAAGUCUUGGAUGGCUGAUAAAGACCGGCUACUGCGGGAGUUAGAUAGGUGCCGAGACCAACUGUCUCAGAGCUGUGACCCAGAGCGGGAGAGAAGGCUUGAGAGAGAGCAUGAGAGAGAAGUCCUGAAACUUUCUCUUGCUGACAAAGAGGCUCGUCAUUCACGUUGUGAGGAAGUAAAGGCGAUGGCAGAGCAACUUGCCCAGGCCCAAAAGUUGUCGGACAUGUACCGAGAGCAAUGUGUAGCUCUGGAAGAUGAGCUGGCACAAAUUCGGGAAGAGGGUGAUGUAGGGCGUGAAAUAUUUAAGGAGCGAUCUGGCAAGGUUGCCAAGCGUCUGCAGCUAAUGACAAAGCGUUAUGAGGCACUGGAAAAACGACGAAACAUGGAAGUAGAAGGCUUUAAGACAGACAUAAAGCUUCUUAGGCAGCGACUGAAAGAUGUGGAGAAGCAGUUAUUUAAGGUAACGCUCAACAUUGGACCGGAUCAGGACCUUGCUAUUCUGAAUGCUGUGCGUCAAGGGAAUGAAAGGACGCACAAAAUCCAGGGAGAACUGCGCAAUCUCAAGGCAAAAAUAUAUGGUCUGGAGAAUGAGCUUCGAAUAGGAUGAGAAACCUGCAAGAAAAUGGAGUAUGUUGAUGACUAGUGAUAUGAUCAUAUUUAUGCUAUUGGAGCAUGCCGCUUACCAAGAAGCAAAGACUUCACGCAAAGUUAUCCUAUACUGCUUUGAAGUAGUUAAAGGGGCUUUGUUAAACUUAAAAUUUGAAAUGCCUCCUGAUAUGUUCUGCAAAUGUAUCAUUUCAAUUGCUUGAAAAUGACUCACUGAAGUGCAUACUCAUGUAUGCUGCAGGUUACCUCAUGCUUCUACAUCCUACACAGUGACUGUUUAAAGAUCUAAUUUACAUGUACCUUUUUUAAUGACCCAAGCAAAAGAUAUUUUUUUUAUUUUUUUUUUAUUAAGCUUGCUCUUCCUUUUAAAUCAAACUAACAGGUUGUUUGCUGCAGUUGUUUUGUAGUAGCCAAACUCUACCCACCACUUUCCUUAUUUGAAGGAGCCAAUCUGGACUUGGGGCUGCAGACAACGAGGCCAGUCAUUGUUAGUAUAAAGUGCAUUGUUGUGUAGUCCUUCUCUGCUAAAGCCAAUUAGAGAACGAUAUGUGGCAGGGUCAGCCUUGCAAAGUCUUUAAUGUUCAUUUCCAGCUUUGAGAAUUUCAACAAUUUCAGAGGUAAAUUACAUUAAAAGGGGCAAAAUGAAUAAUGAAAAUAUAUUUCAAAGUUUGUUUUUGUAUCUAUUGAGGUAUCACAUCCAUAGGUACAAACAAAUAACUGCAUUCAAAGUUGCUUUUACUACGUAUAGCUAAACAUUUUUUAAUACAAAUCUCACUGCGUUUACUGUCCUUUUUAAAUGGGAAAUAAGAACAUAGUAUACUUAGGAGUUAGAAGUGUUCAAAUGUUUCAAGUAGAUGGCACAUAAUACGUGUGCAUGAAGAGCAAUCAACACUCAAAAAUGUUUUAAUUACAAAUGAAAUCUAGGCGCCCCAUCGUCCUCUGCCUUA